UUCCCGGACGCGAGGCCACAGAUCGCUCCCAGCCAUUCUCUCCGCGACGGUCUCGUCUUCCCCACCCCUCGCCUCCUCGCGCGCUCGGUGAGAGAAGCGAAGAAGAAGAAGAAGAGGAGGAGGAAGAAGCCAGGCUAAGCCCAGCGGCAUGGCGGACCAGCUCACCGACGACCAGAUCGCCGAGUUCAAGGAGGCCUUCAGCCUCUUCGACAAGGACGGCGAUGGUUGCAUCACAACCAAGGAGCUGGGAACCGUGAUGCGUUCGCUGGGGCAGAACCCAACGGAGGCCGAGCUCCAGGACAUGAUCAACGAGGUCGACGCGGACGGCAACGGCACCAUCGACUUCCCGGAGUUCCUCAACCUGAUGGCACGCAAGAUGAAGGACACCGACUCGGAGGAGGAGCUCAAGGAGGCGUUCAGGGUGUUCGACAAAGACCAGAACGGCUUCAUCUCCGCCGCCGAGCUCCGCCACGUCAUGACCAACCUCGGCGAGAAGCUGACCGACGAGGAGGUCGACGAGAUGAUCCGCGAAGCCGACGUCGACGGUGACGGCCAGAUCAACUACGAGGAGUUCGUCAAGGUCAUGAUGGCCAAGUGAGGCACCACUUCCCCUGCCGAUGAUGGCAUAGUACCCUGGGAGGAGGAAACCGUGCAUUGCCGUAUUAGUAAGGGGAUGCAAACACUGGUUUCAGUCGUCUUCCCUGAUGAAGAAAACCGAACCGUACUAGUUGUAGUUGCUGAACAUUUUUCUAUCUCUCCAGUCUCUCCGGUGUGCCAUGGAACUUCUUGCUUGAUUUUUCUGUGUGAAUCUGUUAAGGCUUGCUCUGAUCUCUCCGAACCCUGAAUUGCAUUGCAGUUGAGUCCCGUCUUUUUGUAGCACUGUUUUUCUUUUCCGUCAGAUCUGAUCGGAUCAUUUUUAGCAUCAUCCAUCAAUGAACAGGCAGUUGCUUUCCGUUGCCGUUA